GAUAAAUUAGUAACUUUACAGAACUAUAUGACUCGAUGUAUUUUCUGCGUUUCGUUAAUUAUUACAAGUCUUAAAACGGUAUUCAGUAAAGUACGAUCUGUGGGUUGGCUAGUCUGCUAAGUAGCACAGCUGCGUUUUCAGCGGGGCGUACAAAUAGUUAACUUCAGUUUUUGGACAUAACCGAAGUUACAUACUUUUAAAAACUGGCUAACGUUAUAUAUUUCUAGUGCCUGCUUGAAUUGACUUAUUGGACUCUGACUAUCCUGUCAUUAGCUACUUGCUCUGUCUUGCUCUCGAUCUCACAGCAAUUUUCCAGGUGCUAGCCAGCGGUAAAGUUGCUUGUUAGCUAUGUUUACAGUAGCCUAGUCAGCAGUUAUCGUGUAAAUUUAGUAACAUUUUUAUUUCACAAUGCAUGGCUUAUCAAGUUGGACUUAGAAAGAGCUGUCACUCAAAACCUUCUUGCGUUUUGACAUGACAUUUAUUUCAGAGUUAGCGAAUCAGCAAAAGUAGAAAAACUUAGUGUUCGACUGUAAAUCCAAGACUACACGUUUGUGUUCCGCAUACAAUGUCUUAAUGCUACGUCGUGUGCUUGUGUGGAAGAGACUGCAAAAAAAUAUUUACACGAAAAUACGCUCCAACAUCAGAUGAGCUCCGUCUGUGUUCAGACAACUGUCCAUACGUGCUACGGUGAAACUGAGCUGUGCAUAACGAUGCACUGGUAUACUAUCUGUAGUAGAUCUGUAAAAUAACUGUCAUGAUUGUUCGGUGGUUCACCUCCUUGUGGGUGGUUCCACGAGGGCGCAUUGGAGUGGCGAACUCCCUGGUCAGACGGAGACAUCUAGUGGAGGUUGAUCGCUCUAUUUCAUCAGAUAUGUCUGAAUUUCGGAAGGUGUUUUCGAAAGCGAAGCACAUCGCUGUAAUCACCGGAGCCGGGGUGAGCGCGGAAAGCGGGGUGUCCACGUUCCGGGGUGCAGGUGGCUCCUGGAGGAAGUGGAAAGCGCAGGACCUGGCCACCCCCGAGGCCUUCUCGCGGAACCCGUCGCGGGUCUGGGAGUUCUACCACUACCGGCGGGAGCUGGCCCUGUCCAAAAGCCCCAACGCGGCACACCGGGCCAUCGCGGCGUGCGAGGCGCGGCUGAGCCGACAGGGCCGCUGCCUCACCAUCAUCACGCAGAACGCCGAUGAGCUCCACCAGCGGGCGGGGUCCAAACACGUACUGGAGGUCCACGGAAAUCUCUUCAAAACCAGGUGUGUCAGCUGUGGAGAAGUGGCGUCCAAUCACAGGAGCCCGAUAUGCCCCGCGCUGGAGGGGAAAGGUAAGCCCAACCCACAUGUAAGCGAUGCCAAUAUUCCAGUAGACCAGCUCCCCAGGUGCGAGGACGAGGACUGCAGCGGGCUGGUCCGGCCCAACGUGGUGUGGUUCGGCGAGACGCUGGACUCCCGCGUCCUCACCAAGGUGGAGGAGGAGCUGAACAUAUGCGACCUGUGCCUGGUGGUCGGCACCUCCUCCAUCGUUUACCCGGCGGCCAUGUUUGGCCCGCAGGUGGCGUCCAGAGGUGUCCCCGUGGCCGAGUUCAACAUGGGGACCACGCCCCACACCAACCAAUUCGCGUUCCAUUUCCAGGGCCCCUGCGGGACCACCCUCCCCCUCGCUCUGGCGCGCCACGAAACGGAGAUCAUCUAAAGGGCACGAGCGGGAUGAUCACCCCGCCCCCCGACCCCGCCCCCACCCUCAACUCCAAACCAUCUCCGCAUCCAUGCAAAUAUCUAUGUAAUGUUUACAAAAUGGGCUUGCGUCAGUCUUACCAAACUGCCUGCGCGUGUCCGUGCGCUUGUGCUUGUGUGUGUGUGCUUGUGCGCGUGUUUGCCUGCGUGUGGAUGCGCGUGUGUGUGUGUGUGUUGGUGGGGGAAUGGAGUGAUUAAGACAUUCCCAUGAAGUUUAAACGCAAGUUCCCCAAUGCCGUAUUUCCAUUCCACAUGAUGCGUUUCAGUACUUUAUCGGGAGUGACUGAAAUGGCGGUAGCGCGGCAUAAGCGUGCUGUCGGUGGGCUUAAAGCCGCUAACCGUGUAGAGGUGCACCAUUUCCUGUGCCGUAGAGAGGCGGAGUCAAAGGCAGUUCCUGUGCUGGUUCAGGUUCUGGCCGGUUUCCGUGAUUGGCCUUUCCGGGAGUCGGCUCUGUACUGUGUUUUUUUUUUCCUUCACUUUCAGGGAGCGCGCUCACACUCACGCCAGGACACUCCAGACUUCCAGCUUUCUGCUGCGAUGCAUCGUCUUGCACUCACGAGAAGGUGCGCAAUUUGGCUAAUGAGAUGAUUUAAAAGCAGAUAAAUAACCAGCAAAACCACUUGUCCCCGGCCAGGAAGUGCAUUUGACUACCGCUACUCAAAAGAGCAAUAUUUUAGGCGUUACAUUUUUUAUGGGCAUCUUUGAAGUGUUAUUUAUACUGGGGAAAGAGGGCAUUUAUAGCAGGCUUGUUUAAAAUGCUUUGUUAGCAGACUCCGAUUCCAGAUUUUCUUUGUGCUGCAUUCUUUGGGAAGAUGAAUGUUUUUUACUUGCUGAACGUCUUUUUAAUUCUGCAGAUCCGGCAAUUUAAAUGAUUUUUCAGUGUUAGCAGUGCAUUGUGGGAGAAGGCACAAACUGUUACAUACAGUACAGAUGACCAAAGGAGCCUUAAUGAGACUACAGUCUACAAUGCAUUGGCUGGCAUGAAUGGACAGGUCUAUUACUGAGGUUUCAUUAAUCUUUAAGCGGUGGAGCUAUGGAUUGCUUUCAGGUAACUAACUGUCAUAUCUAGCCCAAUUGGAUCACUUUGCUCUCCACAGCAGAACAAAAUGAUUGGUUCAAAUCAGAGAGUCACUGAUGGAACAUAAUUCCUCCACCCAUUUUCAAUGGAUCUAUGCAUUUAUCAAAUAUCUGUUGCUGCUGAAAUUGCCAGCACAUUUUAAGACAAUCAGUUGGUAUGGAGUGAUCCACGGGAUGGAAAUGUUAUUGUAAUUUAUAGAAUAUUUAAAUGAGUGCCUGUCGUACAACUUUGUUGUCUCCCUGCGGGUGCAGGAAUUUUCCCAGAAUUCCAUGAAUACGAGUAUUCCAUGGCGGGCAGUGUGAGGUCCGGGAUCGAAAGCUUUGGCCUCGUAACAUCCAAACUGUACUCUGAUCCUGCAGGUUUUCCCGCUCUUUCUAAAAAGUGCUCUUUACUGAAAUCAAAAGUGGUUCUGCUGAGAUUUAGUGAUUGUGUGCUUUGCUGGAACAGAACCUUGCAGCCUCUGCUGCCCCCCCAGAAUCUGGGAUUUGUAGUCCUGCGGUCCUCUACGCCUGUGGCAGUUUCAACAGCCAUGUUCUGUGGGUCACGGUCUAUAGUUUUGAAACGAUCACUGCCAAAUAUGCACUCUACAGUUUGCAUUAAAAAUGAGGCUGAAGAUUCACAGAUUUGCGCGUUGUGCCUUCACCAGGGAAAUGGCGUUAUUUGCCGAGGACGCCUUCACAGACAUAACUCAGAAACAUCCAAAUGACUGGACCUUCAUCAGACCUGCAUAUGCAAUUUUCACAGUGUCCUCCCAUGAAAUUGUUUGACUGAAUUCAUUCAACUGUGUAGUUCCAAGUUUUUAUUUUCACUUCAUCACAGUGCGGUGAUCAUGGGCAGUCAAUCGCAUGCAGUAGAGGGAGGUCAGGUAGCCCUAGAUUGCACUGGGAGUGGGGGUGUGCACGUAGGCCUGCGGUUUGAAUGCCGCACUCGUGUGGAAGUUCGCACGUCGCCAGGCUGCCAAUCUCAGUUUGAAAUUGACGUGAGGAUUUAAAUGAGGGUGUCAGGAAACCUGGCAGGUCUGUGGGAGGUGGUUACUGCAGUGUGCACAGUGUUUAUUUUACACUAUUGAGUUUACUUGGCAAAGUAUGGAGUCGAAAACACUAAAAACAGGAGUUAAUUACAUAUCAAAUUGCAGUAUGAUUGGUGGAACCUAAAGUUUAUUACUGUGGACCAAAAUAUAUUUUGUAUUUUUCUCUUGACAGUUGGAUUUUUUUAUUUUAUUUUUGGGAAUGGAUUAGCAUCUCUUUUUAUACAGUGCUCUUUCCAAUUUUACACAGAUCCUUCUGGAAGACUUUGGCUAUUUCCUUAUGCAAUAAAACGCACAAUAUGUUUUUUCCA